AUGAUGAGUCUCUCAAGUCUGCCUUCAGCGGCUACAAUGUUCCAGGCGUAUGCCUCAGUAUCUACUGCAAUUACAAUGUUUAAGACAAUGAUCCAUCAACUCAUCCCUCAGCAAGUUCAGUUGUAUAUCGAAACCAAAAUCCGUAGCUAUUUUCGCCCAAAUUCAUCAAAUGUAACUCUGGUUAUCGAAGAAAGAGAUGGCAUGGGCAUCAACGAUGUCUUCACUUGUGCUGAGAUCUAUUUGUCUGCACGAUUCAGCCCCGAAUUUCAACGUUUCAAAAUUACCAAACGACCCAAAGACACAGGUGUCAAUGUUAAAUUUGGGAAUUGUGGGAAAAUUACUGAUUCCUUUGAAGAGAUUGAAUUGGUUUGGAAGUUUGUUAAUGAAGCUCAAAAGUCGAUUUUGAGAUUUCAAGCUGAUAAUGAAGGUGAUUUUUCUGAGAAACGUUCUUUUGAGCUCAGCUUUAGCAAAGAACACAAGGACAGGAUAUUGAAUUGUUACAUCCCUUUUGUACUCAACACAGCCAAAACCAUGCGCGAUGAGAAAAAAAUUAUUCAAUUGCAUUCUCUAUCUAGUAAUUGUUACAGUUCUAUAAAUUGGGAUUCGGUGAACCUUGAGCACCCUUCAACUUUUGAGACAUUAGCUUUAGAACCCGCACUCAAAAAAACCAUAAUACAGGACCUUGAUAGGUUUUUAAGGAGGAAGGAGUUUUACAGGAGAGUUGGAAAAGCUUGGAAAAGGGGAUACUUAUUGUAUGGACCACCAGGGACUGGGAAAUCAAGUUUGAUUGCUGCAAUUGCUAAUUAUUUGAAAUUCGACAUAUAUGAUUUGGAAUUCUCAAAUAUAAAGCGGGAUGCUGACUUGAGAAGGCUCUUACUCAGCACCAAGAAUAGAUCAAUACUUGUCAUUGAAGAUAUUGACUGCAGUGUUACCAUGCCUGAAAGAAGUGAAACUCGCACAAAUUACAAUGGACGUUCACGGGAUCGGGAUCAAGAGAUUACACUUGGUGGCUUAUUAAACUUCAUAGACGGGCUAUGGUCGAGUUGUGGUGAUGAAAGGAUUGUUAUAUUUACCACAAAUAACAAAGAGAAGCUCGAUCCAGCUCUAUUGCGACCUGGACGAAUGGACAUGCAUAUUCACAUGUCUUACUUAACCAGUGAAAGCUUUACAGUGUUGGCAAAUAAUUAUCUGGAAAUAAGCGAUCCUCUUUACAACAAUUUUAAAGAAGCACAAGAAUUGAUUGAAGGGGCACAAGUCAGUCCGGCAGAAGUUGCUGAGCAAUUUAUGAAGAGUGAAGAUCCUCAUGUUUGCCUUGAAAGUCUUGUCAAGUUUCUCAAGCGAAAAAGGAUUACUAAUAUUGAGGAGCCCAAUACUACUCAUGAUGACAAACAACUUCAAUUAAAGAGGAUCAAAGCUUUGACUAUUCAUAAUUCACUUCACUCCUAA